GGCGCCGGCUCCGCUCGGCCUCGACCCCACCCCCGGCCGAGACCCGCGGUGCUGCGGCGGCGGCGGUGCCAGAAGGCAGUGCCAGAGGUGUCUUUCCGGAGGGCUUCCUUGUCCCAGCGGGAGCCGAGGCUUCUUGCCUGGAUCCGGCCCCGCGCGCCAUGCCUAAGAAAGGCAAGAAUGCCAAGGCGUCCCUGUCCAACGAGGAGCAGCUGCUUCUGUUUCAGCAGAAGCUGCUGGCCGAGGAGGAGAUGGCCAAGAAGAAGGAGCGGCUCCUCAGCCAGUUCCUGAAGGACAAGCUGGCCAAGGAGGAGCACAACAGCGCCCUGAACCUUAACAAGAUCAACAUGCAGUGGAGAGCUGUCCUCCGGGAAAUCAAGACCAGAGAACUUCACAAGGACAUGGAGAUCCUCAGCCAAACCUUUGAGCGAGUGAUGGACUGCAAGGACAGUGUUAUCAAGUCUUUAGCUAAGGACCUGUCUGAGGCUGAGGAGCAGCACGCCCACGCCCUGCGUAGUCACCUGCACAAUGUUGACCAGCUCUUAGCCCUGCAGAGGCGCCGGCUCGGCCUCCUAGAAGAAAGUUACGACAUGGAGCUGGAGGGCCUAACCACAGAGUUUGAGACGGAAAGAAAGACCAUCACUGACCAGCAUGACAAGGAGAUUCGCUACCUGCAAGACGUCUUCAUGGCCAUGGAGCAGAGCUACACAGACUCUGAGUACGAGAGCAAGCUGGAGUUCCAGAGCCUGUGGGAUGAUCUCAAAAACAAGAAUUUAGAAGAGAAGCACUUUCUACGAAUACAACUGGAGAAUAUAGUAGAAGAUCUGUGGAAAAGGUUCCAGGAUGCGCUCAAGAACUAUACUGAUGCCACGGAGGACAGGAAGAUCGCCUUUGAGACACUGAAAGUGAAGGAUGAGAAGAGCUCCGAAGAGAUUGAAGCACAGAUGAAAAAAAUCCAGAAGCUGCAGGAGGCCAUAGCUGUUUCCAAAGGCAAGAUCCUGCUGCACGGCCGCGAGAGUGAAGAUCAGAACCAGUACGUCCGCAACGACAAGGAGUUGGUCCUGAUACAGCUGCGGAAACUUAAGGCUCAGAGGACUCAAGCCAGGGGAAGAGCCCAAGAGAACUUAGUGAAACUCACCCAGGACAGUACUGCAACUCUGAAGGCACUCAGAAAGGUGGUUGAGAAGGGUGAAAGGAUCCUUAAACUUGCUGAAAUAUGUAGGAAAUUUGAAACGGAGGAAGAGAAAGUGCUGCCUUUCUACUCAUCAGUCCUGACUCCUGAGGAGCAGGAGUUUGAGAUGCAGGAUGGAGGUGAAGAGCCCACCAGAGAGCUUGCAGAGGUGAUGGCAGACUACAGAGGGAUGGAGAAUUUCUGGAAAAGGUACAACAAAGUGAAACUGGAGCAACUGAGCCUGCAGCACAGGCGGACUCAGCUGCUGGACAUCAACAGGAAGCUGCGGGAGCUGCUCAAGCAGUACUUGGAUGGCAUCUCAGUGAGUGAUGAGGUGCUGAGCCAGCUCAACCCGCUGUUCAUAGUCAAUCACCGGAGCAACCUGCCUCAGCCCCUGCCUGCACCUGUGGCCCCGCCAGGCAGCAGGGGGCCUCCAACUGCUCAUAACAUCAUCGAAGCAGCCCAUAUCAUCUCUCACACCCUGUAACACAAGCCAGAAAUCUCUUUCCAAUCCCAAGAUUUUGGGGUUUU